CGCGGGCGGCGGGCGGGCGGCGGGCGGCGUGGGCACCCACAGCCGUAAUUCCACUCCGCGCGUCAAUUAUUCAUCGCUCGCCGCGCGCUUCGCUCUCGGGGCCACCCGCGGGCCGCUCGGGCCCCAGCGCCGGCGGCUCUCCGGGGCUCACCCUGCUCCCCGCCGCCCGGGACCGCGAGGGGCGCCGCCGCGCUCCAGCUACCGACCCCUGCGCGGUCAUGAGCCGGUGCGAAGCCGCCCAGCACCGGUGUCUCUGGAAACAUAUACACCCAUUCCUGAGCAAAGCCGGGCUCUGAAGACAAGGAGAAGGGAUGGGGGGCAGUUGCAGAGUUUGCAAGACCACCACACUAAACUUUGGGGUCACCCUUUGCUGUUUAUCAUGGGUUGCAAGACCCAGCAAUCUGGACCCAAGCCAAGAAGUCAAGAACUGUUGACACCGACGUCUCCACUCUCCUACUGACACCAGCGACCACCCAGCCCAGCGCAACCAUAUGGCCUCUUGUUUUCCUGAUGUAUGAGGACUGCGGCGGGCGCCUGAGCGAGCGGGCAGCCGGCCACCGGGGCCAUGGCCAGCGCGGCCGUGCAGCUGCUGGGCUUCCUGCUCAGCUUCCUGGGCCUGGUGGGCACCCUCAUCACCACCCUCCUGCCGCACUGGCGCCGCACGGCGCACGUGGGCACCAACAUCCUGACGGCCGUGUCCUACCUGAAGGGGCUGUGGAUGGAGUGCAUGUGGCACAGCACGGGCAUCUACCAGUGCCAGAUCUACCGCUCGCUGCUGGCGCUGCCCCGAGACCUGCAGGCGGCCCGCGCGCUCAUGGUCAUCUCCUGCCUGCUGUCGGGCGCGGCCUGCGCCUGCGCCGUGGUGGGCAUGAAGUGCACCCGCUGCGCCAAGGGCACGCCGGCCAAGGCCACGUUCGCCGCGCUGGGCGGCGCGCUCUUCAUCCUGGCCGGCCUGCUGUGCAUGGUGGCCGUGUCCUGGACCACCCACGACGUGGUGCAGAACUUCUACAACCCGCUGCUGCCCAGCGGCAUGAAGUUCGAGAUCGGGCAGGCCCUGUACCUCGGCUUCAUCUCCUCGUCCCUGUCGCUCAUCGGUGGCACACUGCUCUGCCUCUCCUGCCAGGACGAGGCGCCCUCCAGGCCCUACCAGGCCCAGCCCAGGGGCGCCCCGGCCACCACCGCACCUGCCUACCGACCCCCCGCCGCCUUCAAGGACAACCGGGCCCCCUCGGCCACCUCGGCUUCGCUCAGCGGGUACAGACUGAACGACUACGUGUGAGUGCCCAGGGCCUGUCCCUCCCCGAGCGCACAGACGCCGCAGGACCCGGGCUCGCACCUCUGCCGUGUCCUGGCAGCCAGCUGACCUCUGGACUACUCUUUGGCGUCCAGAGGAAUAAUAUGAACACGAGGGAGUGGGCUUAGAACACAGAGACGGAGGGGAAAAAAGGGGGAGAAAAGCUCUAUAUACCAAAGACUUCAUCCUUUCUGGUUUUUUAUUUAUUAUAUGUAUUUAUGUGGGUGAUUUAAUAACCGCUGAAUGAAAGGCAACUUGGGAGUUUGGUCUGUAGGGUUUGUUUGCGAUAUAGGAAUAAACCUGUGGAUGUGGUUGUUAAUAAAAAGGA